GUGCGCGCGGACCGCCGCCGUCAUGGGGCUGCAGCCCCUGGAGUUCAGCGACUGCUACCUCGACAGCCCGUGGUUCCGGGAGAGGAUCCGUGCCCACGAAGCGGAGCUGGAGAGGACCAACAAGUUCAUCAAAGAGCUCAUCAAGGACGGCAAGAACCUCAUCGCCGCGACCAAAAGUCUCUCGGCAGCCCAGCGGAAGUUCGCGCACUCCCUCAGAGACUUCAAAUUCGAGUUCAUCGGAGAUGCAGAGACCGAUGAUGAACGCUGCAUAGAUGCUUCCUUGCGUGAAUUUUCUAAUUUUUUGAAGAAUCUGGAAGAACAGAGGGAAAUCAUGGCAUUAAGUGUCACCGAAACCCUGAUUAAACCCUUGGAAAAAUUCAGAAAAGAGCAACUCGGAGCUGUCAAGGAAGAAAAAAAGAAGUUUGACAAAGAGACUGAAAGGAACUAUAGCCUAAUUGAUAAACAUUUGAAUUUAUCAGCAAAAAAGAAAGACUCACAUUUGCAAGAGGCAGAUAUCCAAGUGGAACAGAACCGGCAACACUUUUAUGAACUGUCUCUUGAAUAUGUGUGUAAGCUUCAGGAAAUCCAAGAAAGGAAGAAGUUUGAGUUUGUGGAACCCAUGCUGUCAUUUUUUCAGGGAAUGUUUACUUUCUAUCAUCAGGGCCAUGAACUUGCCAAAGACUUCAAUCACUACAAAAUGGAACUGCAGAUCAACAUUCAGAAUACACGGAAUCGUUUUGAAGGAACAAGGUCAGAAGUGGAAGAACUUAUGAACAAGAUCAGACAGAAUCCCAAGGACCACAAACGAGCAAGUCAGUUCACAGCGGAAGGCUACCUGUAUGUACAGGAAAAAAGGCCUCCUCCAUUCGGUUCCAGCUGGGUCAAACACUACUGCAUGUAUCGGAAAGCGGCCAAGAAGUUCACCAUGAUCCCGUUUGAGCACAGAUCCGGGGGGAAGCUUGGGGAUGGAGAGGUCUUCUUUUUGAAAGAAUGUACCAGGAGACAUACUGACUCCAUUGACAGAAGGUUUUGCUUUGACGUGGAAGCUGCUGACCGGCCUGGUGUUUCCUUGACCAUGCAGGCGUUUUCCGAAGAAGAGAGGAUGCAGUGGUUGGAAGUUCUGGGUGGAAAAGAAGCUCUGUUCCCUAGUUUUAAUAGAGCCAUCAUCCCAAGACCAGAAGGAAGUGCACAAUUGGAUAAGAUGGGAUUCACAAUUCUUAGAAAAUGCAUCCGUGCAGUUGAAACACGAGGUAUAAAUGACCAAGGAUUGUAUCGAGUUGUGGGGGUGAGUUCAAAGGUCCAGAGACUUCUGAGUAUGUUGAUGGAUGUGAAGACCUGCAAUGAGGUAGACCUGGAGAAUUCCAUAGACUGGGAAGUGAAGACAAUAACAAGUGCCCUGAAGCAGUAUUUGAGGAGUCUUCCAGAGCCGCUAAUGACCUAUGAGUUACAUGGAGAUUUCAUUGUUCCAGCCAAAAGCGGCAGCCCGGAAUCUCGUGUUAAUGCUAUCCAUUUCUUGGUUCACAAACUGCCAGAAAAAAAUAAAGAAAUGUUGGAUAUUUUGGUGAAACACUUAACUAAUGUUUCAAAUCACUCCAAGCAGAACCUCAUGACCGUGGCAAAUUUAGGAGUGGUGUUUGGACCAACUCUCAUGAGGCCACAGGAAGAAACUGUUGCUGCCAUCAUGGAUUUGAAGUUUCAGAACAUUGUUGUGGAAAUUUUAAUUGAAAACCAUGAAAAGAUUUUUAGGACCCUGCCUGAUGCCACAUUGCCUGAGCCAGUCCCCCUGUCAGCACCCCCAAAUGCUCCGCCAAGACAAUCGAAGAGGCAAGGCCAGAGGACUAAGAGACCCGUGGCUGUAUAUAACCUCUGUCUUGAACUAGAAGAUGGUGACCGUCCCAGUCUUCCUAAGGAGGACACCCCUCCCAGCAGCCUGGACUCACUUUCCUCGCCAUCUCCCACGACGGCCACUGCCCUUGGGCCCCCUGGACCAGACCGGAACCAUCUGCUUACGGAUGGGGGCAGCUGUGGGGACUGGGCAUCCACUGCGCCAAGCCAGGCGCGAUCAUCCACAGUCCAGUGGCUUAACCCUCAAUCUCCAACCACGCCGAGCUGCAGCCCGGGUGUUACACCUCCUUCACCCAAGCUGUCACCUUUCCCCCUGUCUCUUCCUGCCACUGUAGCAGACAAGCCACCUGAAAGCGUCCUCAGUCGGAAGGCCCGGGCGGUGUACCCCUGUGAAGCGGAGCAUAGUUCGGAACUGUCCUUCGAGAUUGGAGCGAUCUUUGAGGAUGUGCAAACCUCGAGGGAGCCUGGCUGGCUGGAGGGGACUUUGAAUGGCAAGAGGGGGCUGAUUCCACAGAAUUACGUCAAGCUGCUGUAGCGCCCAGCCUGCAGACCCUGGCCCAGAGCAGCUGGGAGCGGCGAGCCCCGUCCACCUCCCGGGCGGGACCACAGCCACCUGGACACUCCAGGGCGGGCAGCGGGGGCAGACGGCUCGAGGCGGGGGGAGAACGGUGUUGCGCUGUGCGGAUCCGAGCCGCUGGAGGAGGCUGUGCAGAUGAACAGGAGAGACUCUGCGUCUGGCACGCCUGGGGACUUGUGGUUUUAAAUUAUCUGGUCUCUAGAGCGAGGGGGAGGGUGACCUUCUGCUGGCCCACCUGCCCCACUGGCGGCCACGUCAUGGGACACCUCCCCUCACACCUAAGGGCACUGUGCUGCCAGAUGUGCCCCUAAGGCGGGCGUCAUUGACGGGUUGCAGCGGGCAGGUGCAGGCUGCGUUGGUCUCUGUAUCGAGGCCAGCAGACCGAGGCUCCUGCCCAGAUGGAUGGCCGCCCGCCCUGGGGACCCCACGCUCACUGACUUAGGGCACCUGCGGACUCACGACCAGCUUCUCCCCCGUGCUGCUCACUGGUGUGCUGUUUCCCCGGCACCCCCUUUCCGCUCCGAGUUUUGUGUACAUGGAAUAAAAUAUAAUUUACUAUGGGA